AUGGAAAAUACAAUUAAUAACGAACUUCGUUUGCUUGCUCAUGGUAAUUCAGGCUACAUUUGGUGUGAACCUCCAUCGAGUGAACAAAGCUACGAACAAGAAUCACCAGGACAACAUCAUCAACCACACCAGAAGAAGAAAAAAUGUCAUGGGAAUCGUAAACUGCAACGUUUUCGACGAAAGUGUCGUACUAGAGGCACAGAAGAGAAAGACGACGAAAUGAACGUUUUUUCUGUUAGUAAAUCUAAUAGCAAGGUUGAAUUACCAUUAUCGAACCAUAAUCAGAAUGCUCGACAGAUGCAUGAACAUAAUGAAACUAGUUUGGUGGGCCAUAUUAACACCAAUUCUAUUCCAUUAACACCUUCAAGUCGAAAACAAACUUAUCAUCAAAAACCAAAUCUCACAAUGAACACUACAAAAAACAAAAGUUCUAUACCCAUUGAUAAAUGGAAAACUUCACGACAACUUAUACCAAACUAUUCGAAAAUGUCUAGUCGUCUCUUCGUGGAUUUAUUAUGUACGAAUUUGGCUAGUCAUCAGAAUAAAAUAAAACAUUGGCUAAUACAUACAAACCAAUUACAACGUUUUCGUCGAUACGCUGAAUUGCUCAACAACAUAUUACUUCUCGAAAUUGAACAAGAUUAUUGGGAAACAAUUACUGAUUCAGUUCCAAUCGAAAUCAUAUGGUUGUCAAACAUGCCUAAAGAUACAACGAAAAUAAAUUCUAUCAAUUGGGCUUAUCCACGAACGAUAGAAAAUUUAAACAAACGUCAAACAAUUAUUCAAAAUAAAUUAAAGCAAGCCCAACAUCAACUCAUGAUACAAUUAAAAGAAGAGUCAUUGAUUGUUCGACCUUCAAUAAGUAAAUCGAUUGACCCCUUAAAUCUAUUGACGACAGCAAUAAAAGAACUUGUACAUCAAGGUCAGCAGCGAUUACGCACCAUGUAUGAAGAACAAAAAAUUAUAUUUGGAUUUGACCACAAUGAUCUUCAUCUUGUUAAAUCAUUCUAUGAUUUAAAUCCAACUGAAGAACAACUAAUCCAUGUUCAAAAACUUUGGCGAAGUAAAGUAAAGGCUUGCAAACGAUCCAUCCAACAAUGCGAUGACAAUUCAUCGCUUCCAAAUGAAUCAAAUACUGAUGUCAAUCCAGGUAAGAUAGAAAAUUUUUUUUUUAUAUAAAUUUGUCAAUAAAUCAAUAAUCUAUUUUAGACUUCACAACUUGUCAUACACGAUCCAUUAUCGAAGCACGUCUCAUCAAUAUACAACAACGUACUGAUCAAAUCAUUCAAUUCAAGAUGAACUCUUUCCAAAAAUUAUAGUUCUUGUCUUUUCAUUAGUAUAUCUUUCUCUGUUCUUUGAAAAAAUAAAUAAAACUACUAGAAAAACUUAGUAUGAAAUCAAACUAAUUUGUAUUUUGAAUUCUAGGUUUUACUUAAUAAUCAGCUAUUUUGUUUUUUGAUGUAGUCUAAAUAAGAUUCUUAAGAUACCUGAUGAUUGAACCCUUAAGCAAGGUUCGAAACGCGUCGUAUUCUGCUCUGAAUCUUAUUAUUGAGUGAAUAACACACCCAUUAAUAUUAUUUACUACGAUACGAACAAAUAAAGUUGGUCUUUUAUGUUAAGUAUAUUCCUUUCGAAUAUAGUAAUGAUUAUGGUUUCUUUUUGGCGAUUUUCUUUUUUGAAAAUUCCUUUAUUGAAAUUGAUUUGUUAUUAUAUUGGAAUUCUAGGUUUUACUUGAUGAUCUUCUUUUGUUUUUUGAUGUAGUCUAAAUAAGAUUCUUAAGAUACCUGAUGAUUGAACCCUUAAGCAAGGUUCGAAACGCGUCGUAUUCUGCUCUGAAUCUUAUUAUUGAGUGAAUAACACACCC